AUGGCUAGAGACCUUAUUGAUCAUGAAAUUUGGUGGCAGUUGAGGAUGGGUUCAUCUCUCUUUUGGUUUGACAAUUGGACAGGCUUAGGCCCUUUGUAUUUUCUCACAGAUUCUCUUUUUUACUGUGAUGAGAAUAUUAAUAAUGUCUAUGAUGUUGUUACUGAGGGAAGAUGGAAUGAGACUGUUAUUAGAAACAUCUUACCUGAGGAGCUUACAGAUCAUAUUUUGACUGAGAUUCAGUCUCCAAGUAAAGGAAAUGAGCUUGAUGUUCCAUAUUGGAAAUUAUCCACCAAUGGGCAAUUCAGUGUCAAAACAACAUGGGAAUAUGUUAGAAGUAAAGCAGAAAAAAGAGAUAUUUAUAAGAAGAUGUGGGUGAAAGGUUUGCCUUACAAGGUUGCUUUUACAAUGUGGAGAGUUUGGCACUUUAAAGUUCCUUUGGAUGAGGUAAUCAGGAGCUGGGGAUACAACUUACCUUCUAAGUGUCGAUGUUGUGCUACAGAUCCAAAGGAAGAGACUAUUUCUCAUAUUUUUUUAAAGUGUCCUACUGCACAAAGAGUUUGGUCCUAUUUCUGCACUGCAGCAGGUAUUGACAUCACUGGUCUGCACUUGCAACAAAUAAUAUUGAAAUGGUGGACUGCUGAGGUAAGGCCUAGAAUGCGUGCAAUUUACUAUGUUGUUCCUUCUAUUAUUGUGUGGGAGUUGUGGAAAAAAAGAAAUGGAGAUAUGCACAGUAAUAAAGUGACAGAUGCAAGAGUAAUAUAUCAGGCAUCAACUUUGAUCCAACAGUUGGUGAGAGUAAGAAAGCCAGGUAUUAGUAAUGUCCAUCACAGAUGGCCUGACAUAUUGCAUAGUUUGGAUUCCUUUGUGCCAAGGUUGAAAGUGACUAAGGUAUUGUGGAAUUUUCCUACGGAGGGUACAUGGAAGUGCAAUACAGAUGGUGCUACUAAGGGCAACCCUGUUAGGAGUUCUUUUGCUUAUUGUGUAAAGGACUAUAAAGGAGAUCUGAUUCAUGCACAUGCUAAGGAAAUGGAGGAAAGCACAAAUACAUAA